AAAAAAAAUCACCGACUAACCACGAAUGACAUAGUUAAGCCGUGAUUUAAUUAUUUUAUUUAUUUAUUUUUACGCCCCAAAACCAGAUGAACACGGAAAGCACAUUCCUCCUAAUUGAAUCCUGAAAAGUGGCGGAGAGCGAGAUUCGCAAAUCCAUCCACCACCACCGCCGCCACCGCUAUCGCAUUUCAUCUAUAUCUUCCCUUCUUCUCCAAUUGACUUCAUUAUUCCUUAUUCUUACUUCAAAAUUCACACUCUUUUCCAAUAACAAUGGCGUCAUUUUUUAUUCGCCGCAACUCCAACGUCCUCGCUCGCGCUCUAACCGGUAAUUAUAAGGAACCUUUUUGUCCACACUUUCAGUUCAAAUUUGAAUGUUUUGGUGGUGCUUUAAACAGGGUACAUUCAUAUAGUCGCAGUUCUGGUUCCAUGAGAAAUGAUAUUACUGACUUGACUUGCCCUCAUACAUGGUAUCCGCAGGCCAGGAGGAAACGCCGCAGGGUUUUCCUGCAUGUUGGUCCUACUAAUAGUGGGAAAACGCAUCAAGCUCUGAAGCAACUUCAGUCCAGUGCUUCUGGAAUAUAUUGUGGCCCUUUAAGAUUGUUGGCUUGGGAGGUAGCGAAACGGCUGAACAAGGCAAAUGUUCCUUGUGAUCUCAUUACAGGUCAGGAGAGAGAGGAAGUUGAGGGUGCAAAUCAUAAGGCUGUUACAGUUGAAAUGGCUGACGUGUCUGCUGAUUAUAAAUGUGCUGUUAUUGAUGAAAUUCAGAUGUUGGGGUGUACUACAAGGGGCUAUUCGUUUACACGUGCUUUGUUAGGCAUUGCUGCCGAUGAACUUCACCUUUGUGGUGAUCCAGCUGCUGUUCCCCUUAUUCAGGAGAUAUUGGAUGUUACUGGUGAUGAGAUUGAGGUUCAAUAUUAUGAGAGGUUGUCACCCUUAGUCCCAAUGAAGUUUCCUCUUCGAUCCUUGUCUGAUGUAAAAAAUGGAGAUUGCAUAGUUACCUUUUCACGUCGUGAUAUAUACAAAUUGAAGAAGCGAAUUGAGAGAGAAGGAAAACAUCUUUGUUCAGUGGUUUAUGGUUCACUGCCACCAGAGACUCGAACAAGACAGGCAAGCAUGUUCAAUGAUGCAAGUAGCGAGUUGGAUGUUCUUGUGGCCAGUGAUGCCAUUGGAAUGGGUCUCAAUCUAAACAUCUCUAGGAUCAUUUUUUCAACCAUGCAGAAGUUUGAUGGUUUUGAGAUGCGAGAUCUGACUGUACCUGAGAUCAAACAGAUUGCAGGGAGAGCUGGUAGAUAUGGGUCAAAUUUCCCUCUUGGAGAAGUAACAUGCAUGUAUGCAGAGGACCUACCUUUGCUCCAUUCAUCAUUGGACUCACCAUCACCCAUUUUGGAGCGUGCUGGACUACUCCCCUCCUUUGAUCUGUUGUAUAUGUAUUCACAGUUACACCCCCAAACUGGUUUCUAUCAAGUACUGGAGCAUUUUAUUGACAACGCCAAAUUAUCUGAAAAGUAUUUCUUUGUUAAUUGUGAACAAGUAUUGCAAGUAGCUGCUGUUAUUGACGAGUUUCCCCUUGGAUUACGUGAUAAAUACCUUUUUUGUAUCAGUCCAGUUGACAUGGAUGAUGAGAUUUCAUCCCAAGGCCUGACUCAGUUUGCAGAGAAUUAUGCAAAGAAAGGUCUUGUCCGGCUUCGAGAAAUAUUUACACCAGGAACACUUAGAGUACCAAAGACUCCUUCUGCUCUUAAGGAUCUGGAAUCCAUCCACAAGGUCUUGGAUCUCUACGUUUGGUUGAGUUUUAGGUUGGAAGAUUCUUUCCCAGACCAAGAGUUGGCUUCAUCUCAAAAGGCCAUUUGCAGCAUGCUGAUUGAGGAAUUCCUAGAUAGAUAUGGGUGGCAGAAACCAAUGGCUGGUAGGUUGCCUUUGCGGAAAAUGUCAAGUUCUCUCUUAUCCCAGAACGUGAGGCGGUAUUUAUAAGUUAUGCCCUUUCCAUACCAGCACUAUGACCCCUGCUCUCAUUAGUAUGCUCAGCUUUGUACAAGUUUCAAAAAACAGUUUUUUUGUUUUGUUUUGGUUUUUGUAUAUAUUCUAGGUUCUUUUGUAACCCUUUGGAUGUUCUUUCUUAUACCUGUUGUAUUCAUUUUACAAUGCUUCAUCUAAAUUAUGAAAGCAUAUAAUUAUAGUUUCA